GUCUCUUUCUAUAUCUUCACCGACCACCGCCUUCACUGGUUCUGGUUUCCUGACCGUCGCGUGAAAAUGGAUGCGACAGCGUUGGCAAAGUCAUUAUCAAGGAGUGCUUACAGAAGCAGGCCACCUCCGUAUUCUCGCCACAUUAAACUAUAUAAUCUGCCACGCACUGCUAUUCCUGCAGAUCUGCGAAGAUUAUGUGCCAAAAACAACCUGUCAAAUACUGAGAAAUUCAACCUCCUCUAUGAACGUUUCAAGCCCACAGGCAAAGGUUUUGUUUCGUUCACGUCACCAGAGUUCACGCCGAAUGCUGUCAAAACACUCCAGCAUGCUAUGGUUGGAGGUUCGCGUGUCGAAGUGGAACUCGUAAGCCCCAAUGGAAUGAAUCAACCAGGUCGCACCCGAGGUGCGAGAGGAAAGGCGCAAGCCGUCGAAAGAGGGCUCUUUCUAGGAGAUGGACCUGAUGCAGGUUUGACGCGGGCUGGCACGAAUGUGCUGCUGACUGGCCUGCCAGGCAAGUCUACAGCCGACAUCAUCAAGCAGUAUGUCAGGACAUUUAAGUUGGCUGGCUACGAGGAUAAGGGCGAUGUCAUUAAAGUAGACCUUCCUGUCUCACGAAUGGCUGUCACUGCGUCUUUUGUAGUCCGACUGGCGUCCAUGUCUGAAGCACACAGACUGGUUCGGAGGUUACACAUGACAUUCUACCGUUCAGAUCUUUUCUUCGAAAAGUACCCCCUGAAGGCACAUGUAAUAUACUAAGCUUGUCUCAGCAUUCUUCAGGUUUAGAUGGACAUGCAGGAUAUCAUAUAGACAGCGACAUAUAAUCUUACAGCAUAAUGUAACAAGCCUCUCGUCUCACAUGCGCUCUGCAUCAUGGUCAGUCUCUUCCAGACGGGCUCGAGCUUCUCCUCUCCUAUCGCCUUCCUCGUCUGGUGACCGUCCACGCUUGAGCGUGGUCUCAACUGCGCCUUCCGCCUCUUUCCAUUCACCUCCACCUCCAGCAACCGCGCCAGGUCCUUCUUGUGCGUCAGCAUAUCGUUCCUCGACCUCGCGUCUUCGCUCAAUCUCCAGUCGCUGUGCUUGUGCACCCCAGCCGCCACGGCCAGGGUCGUAGUCUGCUCUGUGUUCGUCUCGUACCUGUCGCAGGAUAGGUUAAGAAGGUAGUGUUGUACAGCUUGCAUCCACGACUCACCUGUCCACCACUCUUACCCCGUCCAAACUGUCGUCCUUCUCGGUAGCCUAGAUCAAUAUCGCAACGAAUUAUCCGCUCGUCGAGUUUUGAACCGCUGACGUAACGUAGGCAAGCCAUUGCCUCCGCGUGAGUAUAAUAUUCAACAAAACAGAACCCACAGGGCGUCCUAU